AUGAGUUCAAAGGAAUACUCAAAUUCCCAAGCUGCAAAAGGUCUGGUCGAGAGAAAUAUUCCCGUCGUGGAGUAUGGGGAGCAGAUACAGUGGCGCUACGGAGACCCUGUGGUCCUUCUGCGUGUGGAGUGGGCAGUUCCCGAUGAACUGCUCUCGCUUGCAUCAGAAAUCUUAUCAAACCCGGGCUUCCCUUGUGUGCCCGUGUCCACAGGAGCCACUGCUUGGUACGGCGCAUGGGAUCGAGCUUGCAUUAUCCAUGAUCUGGGAGGGGAGUGUCCAGUAUAUCUCUAUGCGCUGCCAUUUGUCGGCCUUGAGCUUCAGGACACUUCCAAAGUCACAUCCACCUUUAACCGCACGCUCGAGAUCUUGACGCCCAAACCCAAUAGAUAUAUGGUGUCGUUGCUUUGUCAUCUUCUCAACCACCCGCUUGGCGAUAGUUUUAGAUAUCGAGUAACCGAUGAUCUAAUGUCUUUUAUAUGCUUUUACAUUUUGCGUCAAAAGCCGCUGGAUACGAAGCAUGGGGGAUGCGAGGACGAUGAGAGCGAAGAAGAUUACCAAAACCGAGUCGGAGAAGCAUUGAAGGAAACAAAAACUAGGGAUUGGGGCCCUUGUGGAAUGGACUAUUUGAGCACUUCUGAAACUGUUCUCCGAGACUGUCGAUCGGUUGACCAGUUAACUCGUUGCUGA